UUGAGAUGCAUGGUUUAUUUAUCUAUAAACGUAUAAAUACAGGAAAACUUCCGCUUUAUUUCAGUUGGAUCGCUGCUCGUGUGGCGACGGUAGUGAUUGUUUCCCAAAAUGCGUGCAGUACCUUUGCUUGUUUUUGUGGCCCUCGGCACUUUUGCGUUCGCCUUCGGUGCAGAUGAAACUGUAACUGAAGUGGAAGCAAAGGAAGCAAAGGUCCAAGAAGCCGAUCUUGAAGAGGGAAAUCUAAAUGAAAAUACCGUAAACGAGGCAGAGGAUGAAACUGAGACAGAGGACGAAACCGAGGCACAGGAUGAAUAUGAUUCAAUGAGUGAUACUCAUGCAGAAAACAUCAAUAGCUUCUCCGAUUCUGAGGAAGAACAUGAGUUGAAGGAAAGUGACGCCUCAAAUCCUGGGGCUGAAAUGGACGAAGAAGAAAUUGAACUAAAGGAUACUAGCGCUCACCCCACACCUGGACGUAGACGUAUACAUAGACGCAGAUUUUAAGAUUGACGCAGACGCAGAGGCUUCCGCCAAAGGAACACAAGAAUCACGAGUAGCCGCAGAAGGUUCGCCACCCGAAGAAAAAAGAUUAUUCGCAGAAGAAGAAUUUGAAAGUAACUUUGUAGUCUUUGAGCCAUAAAAAGAAAUUGGGCCAGCUCUUAGUUGACUUUGUAACAGCCCUUUUACAAUUUGAUAUUAUUAUUGAACCGAUAUGGAAUUAAAAUUGUUACUUUCUGUUUUCUCAACUUUUCGUCGAUACUAACAAAUACACUAUUAUAGCAGUAUGCAUUUGUUCAAUUUUGAAACAAAAAUAAAUUUAUAU